CAGUACUGGAGUAUGGGACCCUCACCCUCUCUCUACCCUGGACUGUAGUAAAGAGACAGGUAUAUUCACUUAGCACAGGUUAAAAAUAGAUGCUGCAUCUCGAAAGAAACAGAUUCUCUAUUUGAGAGGUAUAGGAAGUGGCUACCAUGGGGAGCAGGGGCAGUGGGACUUCUCCUGCUCUGCUGCAUCACCACCUGUGCUGUGAUAACUGCUGUGUGUGUCUGCAAGAGAAGCAAGAGAAAGGGAAAACAGUACCUUCUGAGAGAAAAUAGCAACCAUAGUGAUCAACAGCAGCAAAUGACAGUGAAAAAUUCCCAGUACUUGCCUGUGGUCAAGAAAACAUCAGAAGGAACAACAGCAACAACAACACUAAAUGGGCGGUCUUUCGUGAUAGAGUCACAGCUAACAACACCGGAAGAGCCCAACGGGAAACCCUCAGAGCCCCAGCCUACCACCACACCUCCCAUUCCCCUGGGACAGUACUCAAUGAUCACGACCAUACCAGAACCAACUAGUGAGGUAUUCUGGUCAUAUUCUGACUCGCAGGAUGAACUAAAACAAUCACUUGUGCCUCAGCCACCAGAAGUACCACAAGAAACCAGAAAGCCAAAUGGACAGCAGCAAUAUUCAGAGCACACAACAGGAUUCAUUGGUGCAUACUGUGUAGUCCAGACAGUGGAAGAAAACCUGACACCUGAACCCAGCAGAACAGUAGCUCAGAAACCACCACAAGGGAAUCAACAAAAGGGUCUGCUGUAUGCAGAAGUGAGUCUAAACACAGAAGGAGGUGGUUUUGGUCUGGUUGCAGAUAGAGUCGAGUAUGCCGCUCUGGACCUCAAUGCCAUGGCUAGCCAACAACUACCACCUCCUCAGACACACGAUCUAGAUUCAAAGGUGAGUCUGGACCAGAUCCUCAUUCAGUUGAAGGAAGUCCACUCCUCACUGGAGGAGACUGGGAGAGCAGUUGGUGUACACAGGCUGGACGAAAUAUCUGAAUAUGUGGGUAGUGAGAGUGAGGCAAUGGUGGAAGUGGUGGAUGGAUGGCUGGCCAACCUCCAUCCCAACAAGCCCACGUGGAGGGAGAUAGCUGAUGUGGUGGACAGCAUUGGUCACCAUGACCUUGCUGGCUCCCUCAGACAGGUCUACAUCUCAGGGGAGCUACCCAUUGAGGUCUCCAAUGCUGUUCCUGAUAGUGUGAUGUAUCAAAACGAGGCCCCACCCCUCAUACCCUCUCGUGAACCUAAUAAUGACAGGAGCAAGUCUUCCGAAACUCCUCCACCCAUACCACUGAAAUCCUACAAACACUCAGCUUAGCUCUCCAGAAGACUCUGGUGUGACAAUUCUUGUUUUAUGUAUCAAAACACACUAUUCAAAGUCCAAGUGCCCAAGACUUUCAUAUCAUGCAUUACACACAAAUCCCAUCACACAUAACAGUCACAUUGGUGAAUAGAUAUCUACAAUUGUAUAUAUAUACUGGACUG